ACGUUAUGACACUGCUCCUCGCACAGCAUGAUUUGGGUGAAUAAUUUUAACUUCAUACUGAGUGAGUCAUAAAAAGAAGCUAACCUUUUAAAGUUUCCUAAUGGAUAAUUGCUGGUCAUGGGAAAAUUAGGCGUAAGAAAAGAAAAUCAGUAUAUAUUGAAACUUCACACUCCCGUUGGCUCUCUUUGACGUCAGUUUUCAUUUGGACCCGCCCGCUUGCUCAAGUGGCAGCGGUGAAUGGUGAGAGAUAAUCCUCAGCUCCACACAGACACACACACACAGACACACACAGCAGCAGCAGGGCUGAGCAGCCUCUGGAUCUGGAUGCGGGCAUCCUUGGAUUUCGCUCUCAGCACGGGCCCACAGCACGGAAAACUUAACGGGACAACAAUGGUGCUCGCCUCGGCGCCUGAAUCCGUGGCUGCUGGUCGUUCAGGGGACCGGGAAAUGCGGUCAAUGUGACAUUCACUUGCACGCUGGUGUUCGAGUUUAUUGUUCUGGUCCUGUAGACGCAGAGCGGCGAAACCUGGGAGAGAAAGAUGUUGAGCCGAUUUAUGAGUGGCAGCGUCAGGAAUCUUGAGCGGGAAUACAACUGCACGGUCAGGCUGCUGGACGACACGGAAUAUACGUGCACCAUUCAGCGGGAUGCAAAGGGACAAUAUCUGUUUGACCUCAUCUGCCAUCACCUCAACUUACUGGAAAAAGACUAUUUUGGCAUCAGAUAUGUGGAUCCAGACAAGCAGCGGCACUGGUUGGAGUUCACAAAGUCGAUUGCAAAGCAAAUGAAAUCUCAGCCUCCGUUCACCAUGUGUCUGAGAGUUAAGUUCUACCCUCCUGAUCCUGCUGCCCUCAAGGAGGAGAUCACUAGAUAUCUUGUCUUCCUGCAACUCAAGAGAGACCUCUAUCACGGUCGGCUCCUGUGCAAAACCUCGGAUGCGGCUAUGCUGGCUGCCUACAUCCUUCAAGCUGAGAUCGGUGAUUAUGACCCAGGGAAGCAUCCUGAAGGUUAUAGCUCCAAGUUCCAGUUCUUUCCUAAACAUUCGGAGAAGUUGGAGCGAAGGAUUGCGGACAUACACAAGACGGAGCUGAUUGGUCAGAAACCUGAAACAUCAGAGCGAAAUUUCCUACAGAAAGCUCAGAUGCUGGAGACUUAUGGUGUUGAUCCACAUCCAUGCAAGGAUGUAUCUGGGAACCCCGCUUUUCUCGCCUUCACGCCGUUCGGUUUUGUGGUGCUUCAGGGAAACAAGAGAGUUCAUUUUCUCAAAUGGAACGAGGUGACCAAACUCAAGUUUGAAGGCAAGACUUUUCACAUAUAUGCAAAUCAGAAGGAGGACAAAAAGAUCAUCUUGACAUACUUUGCACCCACACCGGAGGCAUGCAAGCACCUUUGGAAGUGUGGAGUGGAGAAUCAAGCUUUCUAUAAGCUUGAGAAGUCAAGUCAGGUUCGCACUGUGUCCAGCAGCAACCUAUUCUUCAAGGGCAGCCGUUUCCGCUACAGGGCUGGCCUCGUGCCUAGCAGAAGUUGUCCAUCCAUCACCCACGGGCCGCGGCUCAGCAGCGUACCGCGCACGCGUCGGAGAGCUGUGCACAUAUCUAUCAUGGAGGGUCUGGAGUCCUUGCGUGACAGUGCCCACUCUACACCGGUGCGUUCAGUGUCCCACGGGGAAUCCUUUAUGCCACGCUCCCGGAGCCAGGUCGCAGAUACCAGCGAGGGGAUGGCAGUCAUCUCUGACGAGGCUUACAGCCCCUCUGACAGCGUCCUGCCCACGCCGGUGGCUGAGCACAGCAUGGAACUAGCCGUAUCACGCCAAAUCAAUGGAGCACCCUGCAGCAUUGAGGAGGAAAAGGAGUCGGAAGCGGGCACCCCUAUGUAUGGGGAACGGGGUGAUUAUGGUGCGGACAGUAGAUCUGCACAGGAGGGCGCAGGGGGGGACUCAGCCCUCAGCGAGGUGGAACAGGUGAAUAAGUUUGUCUUAAGUGUCCUCCGUUUGCUCCUUGUGACCAUUGGACUCCUCUUUGUGUUGCUCCUCCUCCUCAUCAUCCUCACCGAGUCAGACCUUGACAUUGCAUUUUUAACUGAUAUCCGCCAGACCCCCGAAUUUGAGCAGUUCCAUUACGAAUACUUUUGUCCCCUCAGGCGGUGGUUUGCCUGCAAGCUCCGCUGGGUGGGCGAGUUGCUCAUUAACAAGUGAGAGUGAGGUCGUAGAGUCCAUAAACCUGUUCGGGGGUCUGACAAGACGGUUAGGACUCCGGAGUGAUGGAGGGCAGCCUCGUCCCAACCAUGAACCCUGCUUCUCUCAUCCUCCUCCUGCAGACAUACAGCUUGGACCACUCCUGGUAACACCGGGCCAGGAUCUCUCUCCCCCUCCUCCACUUUAAGUUGCCCUCACCCACCCAACCCUCUCCUCGUUUCGCUUACGUUGUUCUUUUUUCCUUUUUUUUUUUCUACAAAAGCCAGGACACUUUUUUUCUGCAGUUUUUUUUAAUUUCAAGCCAUUUCAGGUAUUUUAUUUUUUCAAAUAAAACAAAGGAAAAAAAAUUUAAGAGAAAAGCAGAGAACUAAAGGAUUUUAAACAGUUCCUUUCACCGGAACAGAAGAUGUUUUUUUUGUCGCAACAGAUGAACGUUGCCUUCGUUUCUUAUUUAUUGCUUUUAAACACGAUUAGCAGAAGGAGAAGGGGUCAUGAAUGGUGAUCAAGGAAGUUGAUUUUGUCAGUAAAAGAUGGAAGAGAGUCACGUCAGAGUCAAAGGGCCUUCUGCUGUGAAGCAUACGCGAGUCAAAGUGGUGUAAUAGCUUUUGAUAUCGAUUCAUCCCCAUCAGAAGUCGGCAGCAGAUUAACCUCAUUAGAAAAACAAAGCAGUUUGAAGGGAAUAAUAGUGAAGGCGUGUGGAACAGAAAACAGAAAGGGUGGUUAAUGAGUUUUUUUGGGAAUAUAGAAUUUAUUGAUAGCUUAAGACACAGUUAGACUUCAGUAUACAUUUGUAUACAAUGUUCGCAAGGUUAUUUUCUAACACUUUAUAAGGAUACGGUGAAAUAAGUACCAAUACCUGUAGUGUUAUUUGCCCAGUAGUGUCAGACGUUAGAAAAACGCUCACGAUGAGCAAAGAUUCACUGGCACCAGUAGAUGAUAGUCUAGGUAGAUGUGCAAUGCUGAGGUGGUUUUAAUAAUUAAGAACUUUGAAUGUGCUCGUUGGUUCAGUUCUUUUGUUAUUUCUUCAUUUUAAUUUGAUUUGCUUUUUUUUUCAUCACGUUGAAAUUCGAUGAAUUUCAAUGAUUUGUUUGUAUGAAGAAUUCUUGAUUUAUUUUGGUUUCAUAUCAACCUUGCUCUGACUAUAUUAUUAUUAUUGUUAGAAUAAGAGUAAUACUGUACUUUUUGUACAAAUUAGUUUGUUUCCUAAUAUAUAUUGACACGUUUUCCAUGUAUAUUUUAACAGAACUGAAAUGUUAUUUUGUUAUUGAGAUUAAAUUAUACCUUUUUUAGCGCUGUAAGGUCAGAAGCAUUUAUGGAAAGAUGGAAGGUCUAAAAAAGAAAAAAAACCCAAAAAACAACAAAAUAAAACAAAAAACAAAAAACAGGGCUUUUAUCCAGAUCCAUUCAACACUAAUCAUGCCUCCCAUCACUCCACCAGCAGAGUGUGUGCAACUUUAAUGACCAUUUAGACUGAAUUAAAUCUGGAAUGUCAUUGUACCACCAAUAGUAAAUAAUUCAAAAACAUAUGUCCGACUUUCAUAACUUUAUCAUAUCUUAUUUUACUUGAAGAAUUUGGAGAGGUGACGGAGCCUGACUGACUGGAUCUACGUUAAAGGGGACCUGUUAGGCUUUUCUCUUUUUUUGUCAUAUUUAAAUAUAUAUAUGCUGGAUGCUCAUAUUUCAGAUAGUUGAGUAUACAAAUGUGCAAAUAAUCCAUGUGAGACAGAAGCUCAGGCUUCAGGCUGCUGACAGUUUGAUUUUUUAAUUUUUUUUAUUUUUGGACCCUUGGACCUGCAUGAUGUCAGUAAGAGCGGAUGUCCCUAAUAUGGUCAUGUUUAGGCACACAGUGCUGGUUGUGUGCGCACAUAACCACCACUCACCUGAUGGAGUGGAAGAGCUAAAAUGGCUCAUUUCAGACAGAAGAUAAGCUGAAGGGCUGCACUAAAGCACAGAAUGAGGUAAAUAAUCAUUAUUUUAAGCUGUUUUUCAUGCGAAGCUACUCAUAAGGAUAUAAAAGGUCCUCUUAAAAAAAGCGAAAAACAAACACGCAAAUUAAUUUGACAUUUGUAAAGAUUUAACCUUAAAAAAAACUGGGAGUGAUAAAUGCUAGAAGAUGAACUGGAGGCUGUUUUGAUAUUGCAUAAAAUUAGCUACUAUUAAUGCAAUAAUUAUCUUUUCUCUGCAUUUAUAAAUACAGUUUCUGUUGGUCAGAUUAAGGAAAAUCACAUUGAAACAAUAAAUUAAUCUAGAAUUAACUAAUGUGAAACCGGAAAUCUUGACUUUGGUGGAGACAGACUGCAUACAGGAACCCUUUCUUUAUCUGGAGGAUUAUAUCAGAUAACAUCUGCCCCUUGGUGUCUCGGUCAGGCUUGAGGCUCUUUCGUCUCACAGCUCAAGGGAGCAAUAACUGUCGUGGCUGCUGGAUUCUGGUUAAAAUCUGGGGGGGGGGGGGGAGUUUGUAUUGUGUGUCUAUCUCCUGCACCGAGUGCAGGUGUAUGUGUUAGUGUGUCAUGUAGGAGUGGAAGCAAGAUUCACGGUGACGGAGUGGAGGCUUGGACAGACUAAAGCAGAGAAGGAGGAGAAGUGAGAGGGGUGACGAGAAAGAGACGUAGAGAAGUUCUGAAGGAUUAAUUACCAUGUAAAUUGGGAAUUGAAGGCUGGUCAACGGCUGUACAGGGUUAAUGUUUUCUUUUUUGGUUUUUUUACACAUCCCCUCCUGCAGCUGCUCCACUAAAGGCUUGAUGGUGCUACUUGAUUUGUUUGCUCCUGUGUAAACUGAGCAUAUAAGUCCUCGGCUACGGCCUGACUGCAGACAGAGUAGCUUGCACGCUGGCAUUGUGGCUGGAUCCACUCCUUUGGCUAAUUGUCUUUCACAGGCCAUCGUUAUCUCUGGUGGAGGUAACAGCACUGACAUUUCUCAGCACAAUGCUAAAAGGAAACAUGGAAUCAAUACAGCAACACUAGCAAGAAAGCUGUUGGUGCAGGAGCUUAUUUAUGUGAAGAAAAGGAAAAAAAGCACAUUUUUUUCUACCAGGGGUUGGAGCGGGGUGGGUGGGUUGACUUUUUUUUGUGUAAUUUCAUACUACAUAUUUAUUACUUUUUCACUGAGGUCAUUAUGACCCUUUAGUCCAGCCAGGCUGCAUUGUUGUAGACAUCUUUUUUUAAAAGUGUUCCUUUCACAUCUCUCAGCAUUAUGUAGCUUAAGCGGUCUCUCUGAACAUGCAACAAUUUAAAAAAAAAAAAAAAAGAAAGAAAAAAAAGAAGGCAGCAUUAUUCAUGAAGCAAUAAACAGCUGUAAGAGCAAAAAGUUGUAUGAAAAACAUGUAUACUAAGAUCUAAUGAUGACUAAUGUUUGAUGAGUCAAAUUUAUCCCCCCAAUUUGCUGUUGUGCUCACUCGAACAACGAUGCUUGGACUCGAACGCUUAGACGCUCGGUUACCUUUGCAAUCAAUAAUCACAGUUUCUAAAAUGGCAUUUUCCUCAGAGACCUCUUGUGUGGAUGUUUGUUCUGCUGUUUUCUUUGUUGUUUCACUGUUAAGCGAAACAUUGCUCCCUGUGCCUGGAUCCUCACUCUGCAGUUUACCAAAGUGGCAAAAAUGAAGGAUUGGAGACAGAGAGGCGCAACAUCUCUUUCAGCUACAGACUUCUCCAUCCUUAAAUCUCCCAAACCAAGAGGGGAAAAACUGUUUUUAGCUCUAUCUUAGACUCUAGUGUUCAACAGGCAGGCAAAAACCUUUGCAAGCCUGUUUCCUGUGACUAACCUGACAUUACAUUUCAGUUGCGGCGCCACGUUUACAUAUUCUGCAGUUACUGUACUUCAUGGGAGAUGACAAGAAGCGACAUACUUGUACUUUUUCAAAAAAUAUGUGGUUGCAGUGGAAGAUGAAACAUUAAUUUUAGUAAAAGUAAAAUACACGUGAUGAGAAUUAACCCAGUAACAGAAGCUGCAUGGAUUUAAAAUGCAAUUUCAUACGACAGCCAAGCACCACAGAUUUCUGUAAACCUUUGAUCGAUUGUUAUGAAGGCUGUAACAAAAAGAUCUUAAGUUUCAUGCCUGAGGUUGCUUUUUUUUAAAUUCUACUGGACUGCACUUUACUGUGACGUGUUAUAUUGUCUACAUAUCUGAGUCAUUAUUAGCUAAAACAGCUAAAAAAAUAAAAAUAAAAAAAAAAUCAGAAUUUAAGAUUUCUGUUGCAGUCACAAACCAACUUACCUGACCACAAUUAGGAGGUUUGUUCUUAAUUGGCUUGAUUUCCUUCCUGGCCAGAGCCCCUGUCACAUUAAUGUGGAUGGUGCGAAGGGUUUAAUGAAACUAACCCAAAACAUCUUGCUCUGCUUUUUGCCCCUUUGCUCGCUCCCAGUAGACAGACCUUCACACAACUGUGCAUACACGUUAGUGAGUGUAUAUGCAUAUCCAUGUCUGGUGGCGUGUUCUCUAGUCUGCCUCAUUCUAUCCUCAGAUCGGAGAUUGCUGUUUAAUUAUGUUAAAUAUACAAGUAUAUAUACAUAUAUAUAUAUAUAUAUAUCCAUGUGCCAAAUCCAGUUCUUGUUCAGUCUGAUCCAUUCCGAAACCAAUGUUUGUACUGUAGGUAACCUUCUGUACAAGUCAGUAUAAAAUAUUGUUUCUCUCCAAUAGUCCCUUGUAACUGGUGCCAUUAAAUAAGACACUUCAAACUUGAAAUAAAUGUUAAAAACAGA